UUUUCACGCAUCCGCAUGCUACCCGAGUUUUCCCAUUUUCUCCUUCCUCCGCUGUUAUCUGACCUCCAGAAGGCAGUGGAAAACGGUCCAGUCAUUAUUGUCAAUGCAAGCCGGUACAGCUGUGAUGCCUUGAUUAUCCUCAGUGUCCAAGUUCCUGUUCAUGUCUCGCAGUUGUCCUCCGAGUUCCAGUCACUCAUCAAUCGUGCUGACUCCUCUGAUCACCAACUUGAAUCGCACAAGCUUGUUGCCGUCCUACGCAAGCUUUGGGAUGGUGUUGUUGGUUCAUGCAUCUGGUGGUGUCCUACCGCCGAGUUCACACUACUUCCUCUGCAUGCAGCAGGACCCUACCAGCCGAACAGCCAUGCUUUCUCCCACUUUUACAUCUCCUCUUACGGCCCUACUUUGGCAACGCUCAUUCGCGCGAGACGGCAGGUUUCUCGACAUGCCUCGGUUCAGCAUUUUGUUGCCAUCGGUCAAGCGAACCCGAGUGGAGGGAAGGAACUUAGGUGUGUCGCUGCCGAGUUAGAUAUUGUCGCGCAGCGCGUCGCCCUUCCUGUCCUUUACCUUUACCUGGCUUGCCAUGGAAUGCCGAAUCGAAAACAACCAUUCGAGUCUUCCUUCACAAUGCACGAUGGGCCUUUAAUGACCAAGGAUAUCAUGCGGACUCGUCUGCAGGGUCCAAAGUUUGCAUUAUUGUUGGCUUGCUACACUACCGUGGGCGAUGAGUUGAGCCCCGAUGAGGCGAUUCAUCUCGCUGCAGCGAUGCAAUUCUCUGGAUUUCGCAGCAUAAUAGGCUCUAUGUGGCCUGUCGAUGACGGUGUCGCAGGCCAGAUUGUCUCUCUUUUUUACGAUAACGUGGUUGAUGAUUCAGGGAGAUUGGACUGCAGACGUGCUGCAGGAGCACUGCACAAGGCUGUGAAGACAUCGCGCAAGAAUAUUCCGUUUGAACAACAGAUUCUAUUUGUUCAUAUAGGUGUUUAG